AUGCCGAUUGAUUCAAGGAAAGAACCUGUUUCUUGGUUUGACAUCAACUAUUUGCUAGCCAAGGGCUUUCAUUUCUUAGGAUAUAUGACAAAAUCCCAUUACUGUUCAACUUCUGAUAAUGGAGAAGAGUCACGGAGCUCCUCAAGGACUUCCAGGGAUUCUCAGAGGAAAACCAGGGACUCAUUUUCCAAAGAUGGAAAGCCAGAGAAGACAGGAACAGAGAGAAACCACAACACAUCUACUACAGAUAAGAAAGAAAGGCAGGGCUCUAAGAGAAGGGGCAGAGAAGAAACUAAAAAAGAAACAAAGAGCAGUUUAACUACAGAUGGCAAUGUGGUGACCUCAACAGUCGUGGAUGUUGACAAUGUGGUAGCCUCAGAUGCUGAAGAGGAAGAAUUAAUAGCUCUAAUAGAAAGUGAGAGAGGUGAAGAAGGAACUAGCACUUCCAGUUUUGGUGUGUGUGAGUGGAUUCUUACUGUAGUUUCAUUACUUCUCAUUCUGAUCACUUUUCCCAUAUCCGUAUGGUUCUGUGUUAAGAUAAUACAAGAGUAUGAACGUGCUGUAAUAUUCCGUCUAGGUCGAUUACUUCCUGGACGUGCCAAAGGACCAGGUCUCUUCUUCCUUCUUCCUUAUGUGGAUACUUACCAGAAAGUGGACCUUCGAGUUAAGUUAUUUGAAAUUCCCUUUCAUGAGGUCGUGACAAAAGACAUGUCCAUCUUGGAGAUUGAUGCAGUUUGCUAUUAUCGAAUAGAAAAUGCAUCUCUCAGCCUCACAGCUGUUUCUGACAUUGCCAAUGCAGUUAAGCUUCUCACACAAACUAUCAUGAAGCGCAUUCUUGCACACCGAACAUUUAUGGAAGUACUGCUGGAGAGAAAAGACAUUGCUGAUGAAAUAAAGGUAGCUUUGGACUCGCAUACCUGCCGUUGGGGGAUCAAAUUGAGCAUGCUGAAAUGUAUUAAAGGUGUGCAUUUGCCAGCAGAGUUGCAGCGUUCUAUGGCUAUUGAAGCAGAAGCACAAAGACAAGCCAAAGUGCGGGUUAUUGCUGCAGAGGGAGAGAAAGCUGCCUCAGAAGCUCUUAGGAUGGCAGCAGAGAUCUUGUCAAGCACUCCUCAAGCUGCCCAUUUGCGCUACCUUCACACUCUGCAUGCUCUCUCAAUGGAAAAGUCAUCUACUGUCAUUUUGCCUCUGCCAUUUGACCUCUUAAAACUCGUUUCUCCUGCUACAGAUAAAUCCUUAGAAAAAAAUCAUGUGCAAAGUGGAGAAACAGCAGAAUCUCAGAACCAGCCAAAAAAGGAUUCACCUAUGUUGUAGGAGCUGUUAGAGUCCAUGAGCAAAGCUGUUGUGAUUAUUAGUAAUGUUUAGAUAACAGGCUUUUCUUAGUGGGUGAGUUGGUCACUGACUCUAGAAAUGCUGGAUUUUCCCAGUUUAAUGUUUCAUUUUUCUUGUGUGUUGCUAAAAACUAAAUAUGACUAAAAUGUUAUUAGUUGCUUUAAACAUCAAUCUGAUUAGACUUUCCAUCCAUUUAGCAAUGAAGGACAAUUUGUUAUCCCACUUGAGUUUGUUGUCAUAACAUUAAAUUGAUUUAUAUGUGAAGGCCGCAUUGUUCUACUUUUUGUGGAAUCCAAAAACUUUCCACUGUUUAACUCCCUGAACACUAUUCUCAAUAGGAAG